AUGUCUUUGAAAGAUCGCCUUCAAGCAUACAAAUACAAUGAAGAUGAAACCAUCGAAUUCAAGCCAGAGAAAGUUGCUAAACCAAAAACUCUGAAGGGCAAAAAGGCACCUAAGGAACUGACUGCCGCUCUUCUUGAUCUCCCACCCUCGAUCGCACCAGGAAUCACAGUGGUGUUCGUGGGGUUCAAUCCUGGUGUGGAAUCUUCGAAACAACAACACCAUUACGCUCACUUUACGAAUCUCUUUUGGAAGCUCUUCAAUGCCUCUGACCUACUAAGAAAAGUCUUGGCUCGUCGUGAUAUAUACAUUGAAGAACAUGGUUUGCUCAAAGAGCUCUACGACAAUGACGCAAAAAUAUGUACAGCUGCUGCCCGGCACGACAACGAUUUGCUAGAAUAUGGCAUUGGGUUCACUGAUCUUGUGUUACGCUGCACCAAGUCGGCUCAGGAACUCAGCAAAGCAGAAAAGGUAGCCAAUGUACCUCGAUUGAUGCUGGAAUUCAACGAGGAUUUGGGAAAUCGUGGUACAGUUUCUUAUACCUGGGUAUAA